UUUCGUCAGGGCUCAGUCGAGUCAGGCGGGAGCGUGCGCCCAGUCGCCCUUUUCUUUUUUCUCCUCCAGAGGUUGCCGGGAGAGAUGGCGGUGAAGGCGCUCAACCCCAAAGCUGAGGUGGCGCGGGCUCAAGCAGCCCUGGCGGUCAAUAUCAGCGCGGCGCGGGGCCUGCAGGAUGUGCUCAGGACCAAUCUCGGGCCCAAAGGAACCAUGAAGAUGCUUGUGUCUGGUGCUGGAGAUAUCAAGCUUACCAAAGAUGGCAACGUCCUGCUUCAUGAGAUGCAAAUUCAACACCCAACAGCUUCCUUGAUAGCCAAAGUAGCAACAGCACAAGAUGACAUCACUGGUGAUGGGACCACUUCUAAUGUUCUCAUAAUUGGUGAGCUGCUCAAGCAGGCAGAUCUCUAUAUUUCAGAGGGGUUACAUCCUCGAAUAGUUACGGAAGGGUUUGAAGCUGCAAAAGAAAAAGCCCUUCAAGUCCUGGAGCAGGUCAAAGUAGCAAAGGAAAUGGACAGGGAAACACUCCUAGAUGUUGCCAGGACCUCCCUCCGCACAAAGGUCCAUGCUGAGCUUGCUGACAUCUUGACUGAGGCUGUAGUAGAUUCGAUUCUGGCAAUCAGAAAACCAGACGAGCCAAUAGAUCUUUAUAUGGUUGAAAUAAUGGAGAUGAAGCACAAAUCUGAAACAGACACAACCCUGAUAAGAGGACUUGUCCUGGAUCAUGGUGCUCGACAUCCUGACAUGAAGAAGAGGCUUGAAGAUGCUUACAUUCUUACUUGCAAUGUGUCACUAGAGUAUGAAAAAACAGAGGUGAAUUCUGGGUUCUUUUAUAAGAGUGCAGAAGAGAGAGAGAAACUAGUUAAAGCAGAAAGGAAGUUCAUUGAAGAAAGAGUGAAUAAAAUCAUAGACUUGAAAAAAACGGUUGUUGGAGAUUCAAAUAAAGGUUUUAUUGUGAUCAACCAAAAGGGGAUUGACCCUUUCUCCCUGGAUGCACUUGCAAAAGAAGGGAUAGUAGCUCUGCGCAGAGCAAAACGAAGAAACAUGGAGAGGCUAACCCUUGCCUGUGGAGGUGUUGCUAUGAAUUCUGUAGAUGACCUCUCUGUUGACUGCCUGGGACAUGCAGGUCUUGUCUAUGAAUAUACUUUGGGUGAAGAGAAGUACACUUUCAUUGAGAAGUGUGAUAACCCUCGUUCUGUGACUCUGUUGAUCAAGGGACCGAAUAAGCACACACUGACACAGAUCAAGGAUGCUGUAAGAGAUGGAUUACGUGCUGUCAAAAAUGCCAUUGAGGACGGCUGUGUGGUUCCAGGUGCUGGAGCCCUAGAGGUGGCAAUAGCAGAUGCCCUUGUGAAACACAAGCCCAGUGUGAAAGGAAGAGCCCAGCUGGGGGUUCAGGCAUUUGCUGAUGCACUGCUUAUCAUCCCUAAGGUACUUGCUCAGAAUGCUGGCUACGAUCCUCAGGAAACGCUAGUUAAAGUUCAAGCAGAAUAUGCUGAGUCGGGACAACUGGUUGGUGUGGACCUAAAUUCUGGUGAACCAAUGGUGGCAGGAGCAGCUGGAAUCUGGGAUAAUUACAGUGUUAAAAAACAGUUGCUUCAUUCUAGCACUGUAAUUGCUAGCAACAUUCUCUUGGUUGAUGAAAUUAUGCGAGCUGGAAUGUCAUCUCUCAAAGGCUGAACUGAAAGACCUCUUGAGUAGGGAAUCUGUCUAGCAACAGUCUCCUGAAUUCAAGUUAACAACAUCCCUCUUUAUCAACAUCUACUUCAGAAUGAUAGGAGGAAGAAAAGUCUGCCUUCAGGAAUUUGGCCCUCACAGAAAUCCUUUACUUCUGUAGAAUCAGUUACUAUUUAUUUUUUACAUGCACUAAACAAAUGCAUCUGAAGUUACUGUCUUUCUACCCAAUAAACAGUUUUGUUCUCUGA